AUUUGUAUUUGUCAAACAUUGUGUACAUUGUGUUAACAGUGAUAUUAAUUUAGUUUAUUUAAAUUGACUCCUUUAUGUUAUGUUAUGAAUUUCCUUAUAGUCGAUUGGAGUGCAAUUCUAGGAAACUAUUGAUAUGUGUUAAAAGUUCACUUACAACAUUGCAAUGGAGCUCGUUACAAAAUUACAAUGGAACUGGAAAGAUAUGUGUGGACCGCUGGGUUUUCAGCCGUGGAUCGACGAAAAGAAAGAUUUUGGGAAGUGCUUCCAGGAACUUUGUUUACAGAUACCCGUAAUGUUUAUCACAGCAAUUAUUUCGGGAUAUUAUGUUGGCUAUAGAAGGGAAUGGGUUAUUCGUGAAAAAACACAAGAGCGUGCCAUUAUCUUGCGAAGUUUUGCUGUUUUAGGUCUUACUUUCAUUCCAAUUAUAGAAUUAUACAUUUUUAUAUCAAGCAAUAAGUUUAAUCUGUUUCCUGUUGAUUACUUUACUGCUGGUGCAUCCUGUCUGUCAUGGUUAGUGCACUUUGGAUAUAUCCUGGCACUCAAACAUAGACUAGGUCCGAGCAGUCGCGGGCCACUGAGCUUGAUCCUUCUAUGGAUAAUGAUUGUGGUGUUUAAUUUUAUUUCACUUCGCACAAGUAUAAUCACUGGAUCCAUUGUGGGAUUUGAUAUUGCAACACUUUGCUGCCAUGUAUUGUAUUUUAUCACACUUCUACCAUCAAGUGAGUCUAGACCAACAUUUUAUUCACCUCAUCUUGUUGGAUCCCAACAUUCAAGUAGUGAGUACACCCCCUUACUGCCACAUAUGGAUGAAGGUAUUUUAGGCACAGCAAUGCAAGGCACAAGUUGGUUUUCUAAAUUGACUUUCCUGUGGGUAAAUCCACUUCUUGAUAAAGGCUUUGAUAAUAAAUUAACUGAUUCAGAAGAAUUAUAUGACAUACCUACAGAGUUUAGAUGUUCAUAUGUUGGUGCUAAAUUAGACAAGGCAUUGAUAGGCAAUGUAGACCAGUAUCAGCAGUAUGCUGAGAUACCUCAUGAACCAUUCAUAGGAUCUGGAUAUGGCUCAUUAAGUGAGAGUCAACCUCAAGUAUCAACUCCAGUGACUCCCACUUCCAGAGUGUUAUUGAGGCCACAACGUCGUCAGAAUGUAUCUUUACUUAGAGCUUUACACACAUGCUAUGCUGUACAAUUUUACAGCAUAGGAAUAUUAAAGCUUAUUUCAGAUAUGGCCAGCUUUGCUGGGCCUUUGUUGUUAAAUAAAUUAGUUACUUUUGUUGAAGAUGAAAGUAUUGAUCAACAUUUAGGAUAUGCAUAUGCCGGUGGACUCCUUAUUGCAACUGUAGUGAGUGCAGUAUUCAAUGUUCAUUUUAAUUGGCUCAUGUCAUUAAUAGGAAUAAAAAUGCGUGGUGCUAUGGUUUCCAUAAUUCUAAGAAAGACACUAAGUGUGACUUCAACAGAACUUACAAAGUCAUUUUCUGUUGGUGAAAUAACAAACUUCAUGUCAACUGACACGGACAGAAUUGUUAAUUCAUGUCCAAGUUUUCAUGCACUCUGGAGUAUACCUUUACAGUUGGUUAUAACACUGUUUUUAUUGUACCAACAAGUGGGUGUUUCAUUUCUGGCCGGAGUUGCUUUUUCCGUUCUUCUUAUACCUGUGAACAAACUCAUUGCCAACAAAAUAGGACAACUUAGCACAGAGCUAAUGAGUCAUAAGGACUCUAGAGUUAGUUUGAUCAGUGACAUACUAAGAGGUAUCAGGACAAUAAAGAUUCAUGUUUGGGAGGAUUAUUUUAUAAAUAGAGUUGCAGAGGUGAGAGGCAAGGAGCUGCGCUACCUGCGCGGGCGCAAGUACCUGGACGCGGUGUGCGUGGUGCUGUGGGCCACCACGCCCGUGCUGGUGGCGGCGUUCACGCUCGGCACGCACGCGCUGCGCUCGCAGCCGCUAGAUGCUCCCACGGUAUUCACUACCGUGGCAUUGAUCAACAUGCUGAUAGCGCCAUUGAACGCGUUCCCUUGGGUGCUAAAUGGACUAACUGAAGCAUGGGUGUCCAUAAAACGGAUACAAAAAUUCUUAGAUCUUCCAGAUAUGGACUCGGAUCGUUACUACGAUCGUGUUAACACAAAUCAUGACGAAGAUAAAAUCCUGAUAUUCAAGAACGCAACAUUCUCGUGGGCGAAACCCGCAGUUCAUCCGAAGCCACAGAUGAAAUGUAAAAAAAAUAAAGGCAAAUCAACGAAGAGGUUAUCGAAACGGAACAUACAAGAUUCAACUUCAUCUUCGGAUACACAAGUGCAAGUUCCCUUUGUGUUGAGAGAUAUAUCGUUGGAGAUAGGUCGCGGCGAGCUGGUGGGCAUCGCCGGCAACGUCGGCAGCGGCAAGACGUCGCUGCUGCACGCCGUGCUCGGGGAAAUGAUCAAACUCCACGGCGAUCUGCAGAUACCUGAAAAUUUAAAUAGUUUCGGCUAUGUAUCCCAACAAUCGUGGCUAAUUCGCGGCACAAUACGAGACAAUAUACUGUUUGGCAAACCAUACGACGAGACCAAGUUUCGUUCUGUUGUUGACGCCUGUGCACUAACAGAGGAUCUGAACAUUCUGGGGUGGAAUGCCUACGUGGGGGAGGGAGGGUGCACACUGAGCGGAGGACAGCGUACUCGCAUUGCCUUAGCUCGGGCUGUUUAUCAGGACAAAGAAGUGUACCUGCUGGACGACGUGCUGUCGGGCGUGGACGCGCGCGUGGCGGCGCAGCUGAUGCAGCGCUGCGUGCUGGGCGCGCUGCGGCACCGCACGCGGCUGCUGGUCGCGCACUCGCCGCGCCACCUGGCGCGUGCGCACCGCAUCAUACUGCUGCACGACGGCAAACUGAUCGCGCACGGUCCUCCUGAACUAGUUUUAAAUGAAAUAGAGGAAUUUCUCCCCAGCGAUACUGAUUCAUUAGGAGAGGAACCCAUCACGGAAAGGGAAAAUAACACCGUCGAAGAGUCUUUGGACAACAUUAGCAGGCAAAGUUUGGACAAUGAGGAAACGAUGUCGACAGGUUCAGUCGGUUGGUGGGUGAUCUGUCUAUAUUUACGAUCAGUUGGCCUGUUCCUCUCAGUGUCCAUUGUCAUAUCGCUCAUAUUGAUGCAACUCUCACAGAACUACACCUUCCUCUGGCUAACAUUCUGGAUCAAAAACAGAGCUACAAACUCGACCACUCUCAACUCAAACACGUUAUUGGAAAGUCCGCACGAAACUCAAACAGUAAUGGACCACGGAUUCAAUAUUAUGGAUAAUGUUAUACAUCGCAUACUAAAUGGGUCUCUACCAGUUUUUCAUAAUAAUGAAAUAGUGACUAAAUCGCCCAACAUCCCAGAUUUGCAACUUACAGUAAGAUAUGAUGAUAAUUUUUAUUUGGAGAUGUAUUUUGUGUUGGCCGGACUGAAUUUGUUGUUCACUGUGAUGCGAGCGUUUCUCUUCGCGUACGGAGGCGUCAAGGCAGCCGGAAGGAUACAUAGAAUACUUGUGAAUGUUAUUAUGCGAGCCAAAGUGAAGUUUUUCGACGAAACACCGACGGGCAGGAUUAUGAAUAGGUUCUCAUCCGACACAUACACAAUCGACGACUCGUUGCCGUUCAUACUUAAUAUUCUACUAGCUCAGGUCUUCGCUUUAAUCGGGGGCGUGGCGGUGACGGUGUACGGUCUGCCGUGGCUGGCGGCGGCGCUGCUGCCGCUGGCGCUGGCCUACCACCGCCUGCAGCGCCGGUACCGCGCCACCCCCCGCCAGCUCAAGCGGCUGCAGAGCGUCGCGCUCUCCCCUGUAUACGUACACUUCAAUGACACGCUGGAAGGUGUGACGGUGGUGCGCGCGCUAGGCGCUAGCGCGCGGUGGGGCGAGCGCGGCGAGGCGGAGUGCGAAGGGUGGCAGCGCGCGGCGCUGUGCGGCGCGGCGGCGGCGCAGUGGCUGGCGCUGCGGCUGCAGGCGGCCGCCGCCGCCGCCGUCGCCGCCGCCGCGCUCGUCGCAGUGCUGCAGCGCGCCACGCACGCCGCGGACCCCGGUCUUGUUGGUCUGGCGAUAUCGUACGCGCUGUCGCUGACCUCUGUGCUGAGCAGCGUGCUCAACUCAUUCACAGAGACCGAGCGCGAGAUGAUCUCCGUGGAGCGCGUGGGCGAGUACAUCACGCAGGUGGAAAGUGAGAAGAUAGACGGAGACCCGCCGCCGUACGGCUGGCCCUCGCACGGUGUUAUCAGCUUCGAAGAUGUCUAUCUUAAUUACACCGGGCAGCGGAGCGCGGCGCUGAGCGGGCUGCGGUUCGCCAGCCGGCCGGGCGAGCGGCUGGCGGUGGUGGGCCGCACGGGCGCCGGCAAGAGCUCGCUGCUGCGCGCGCUGCUGCGCCUCGCCGCGCCCGCCGCCGGCCGCGUGCUGCUCGACGGCGUCGACGUCGCCACGCUGCAUCUGCACGCGCUCAGGUCACGGCUGGGCGUGAUACCGCAGGAGCCGUUCAUCUUUUCGGGCAGCGUGCUGGAGAACGUGGACCCGCUGCGGCAGCACGGCGAGGUGGAGGUGUCGCGCGCGCUGGCGGCGUGCGGCGCGAGCGACGCAGUGGAGGCGCGCGGCGGUCUGCACGCGCCCGCAGCGCACCUCGCACGCGGACACGCGCAGCUGCUCUGCCUCGCGCGCGCGUUGCUGCAGCGCUCUAAGGUGUUGCUGGUAGACGAGGCGACGGCGAACCUGGACGAGGAGGCGGAGCGCGUGAUACUGCAGACGCUGAGGUGUUCGUUCGCGGGCAGCACGGUGGUGUACGUGGCGCACCGCGCGGCCGGCGUGAUGCAGUGCGACCGGGCGCUCGUCAUGGCGGCCGGCCGCGCGCUCGAGCUGCGAGAGCCCAACGACGCGCUCGCGGACCCCACCUCGCACCUCUACAGACUGCUUAACCCACAACACGAAACAAAUUAACCCUUAAAUGCAUACAUCAGCCUUCUAUUCCACACCCAAUAGACUAUUUAAAAAAAAUCUCUAUUUUUCUCUUGAUCUACGUUCAAUAUACUACCUGAUACUAUAUAAGGUAUUUAAAAAGAAAAAAUCAUGCAUUUAAGGGGUAACUAUACACCUACAAACAACAUAUGGCAGCAAUUUGGUGAACUAACAAUGUCAUCUUGAAAACACCAAAUUGUCACUAAUGAGGGUGCGGCACGAGAGUGUUGCCAUUUUAAUAAUUUCUAAAUUGAAAAGUUUGAUUUUGUUCCAACAUAGGAGAGUGUCAAGAAAAGUUGGGAAUUUUUGCUUACUGGUAACUCUAAAAAGUAAUAGCAGCCCUCUAUGUCAAUGUCAAAUAACUGCCAUAAGAUCCUUGUAGGAACAUACAAUCAACUUAAAAAGCAGAGCUUGUAAGUCAGUAUUGGAGUUUUUCGGCGGUUUCCUUAGUAGUUAAAUUUUUAAAAAUGUUGACGAUUUUAACAGUUUUGACUUAAAGUAAAUCAAAUGUAUGGUAACCUUUGGAGGUUAUUAUCUCCAAUAUUUGAAAUAUUGAGGCGAAAUGAUACGAAACGUGAAAGGAACGUGUGUGUUCUAGAGAGACUGACUGUAAUGAUUACAUUUCAGAACGGAAUGGACAUUUAUAUUUAAUUUCAAUAUUAUUGUAAUCGAUUUUGUAAGAUCUCAAAUUUAGUUAGAUAAUAUUUUUUUAACGCAAGAAUUAAAGUCAUCACAGAUUUUGUAUGCAAAUUUUCAAAAAAAAAAAAAAAACAAAUACUUGCUCAAAAGAAUAUUAUUUUCUAAUAAAGCUAAGAUGCUUUACUUUUUUCAAUAGUUUAAUAUGUUUAGAAAUGUUUGGCUUUAUAUAAUUAUUAUUUGUGAAAAAAUUACGAGAUAUUUGAUAUUAAAUAUUACUCGAGCACAAUAACAUGACACCCGAUUCUGUUUACAACUUGUAUGUUUUAAAGAGAUUAUAUCAAUAUAUUAUUUAUUUUUCUAACCAACCAACAACUUACGAGGAGACUCUUUAUCCGGUUGUGUUGCCAUUAAUGCAAAUAACAUGUUAUUGCGCACGCAUAGUAGCUAUAAUAUUUCAAUUGGAAUCAUUAAUACUUGCCAUGGCUUGAAGCUUGAUUAGUUUUUUAAAGGAAGUAAAGUUUUUAAUGCAAUAAAUAGAACUUUUACUUAUCAGUACAAUAUUCUUAUCAAAGAGAUUAAUUUAAAUUGUUGACUUUUACACCAAAAAGCACCUAAGCUGAUUAUAAAUGAUUCUAUUGUUUAGCGAGUUGUUUUUAUUUUACAAAGCCAAGGAAUUGAAUAAUCUAGAAACAAGUUUAAUUGUAUUAUUCUUCGUUUAUUUGUAAUUUUAUUUGUUUGUGACUUUCGACAUUUAUAAAUAAUUCAACA